AUGAGCGGUAUAGGUAAUGCUGCCAGUGAUGGCUAUGCAGAUCUACUUGGACUGGGCAUGGACUGUGAAUUCGUAGCUCCAGAUGGUCAGGUAUUGAUGGGUGGACCUGACAUGUCACAGCAUGGCGCGGCUGCAAUUCCACUGGUUGAUGAUGAGCCGAUGGAGGUUGAGAUGCGGAAAGAGCCAACGUCCGUGCGUCCAGAGCACCCAAAUAGCGCUAGCUUCGACGAGCAAGCUCGAAGGACCCUCGACUUCUCCGACACAGCUCCACGACCCAUCAGGGCGCCCCGUUCUAUACGCAACAAUCACUACCGUAGCUCCAAUCCGCAUCGACAGGGCGACUAUUAUAAGCCCAAGCCCUACCGCGACCUUGACGCCGUUGCUGGACGCGUCCACGAUUUCGAUCGCCAGAACCGAGACCCUUCACCGGAGACCGCUCGCAACCAGGGAGAAGCCAUCUUUGUUUCAGCUAUGGCGGACGUAGAUGUGAAGGAGGAGCGCGACGACCGACGCGACGGAGAUCGUUACCGUGGUGGAGGACAGAACAAGCGCCGGCGCGAUGGUAAGCUUGCGACCGCAUGGCCCUGGAUGGUCGCGAAACUAACGAUGAGGCCCAUCGAAAUUGCAAAGAUCUUUGCAGAGAACUUUGACGAUGAGAGGCUCAGCCCCUUCAAGAUCCCAUUCGUUGCCGCCGUAGCACUUUACGGCAACGAGGUCAAGCCAGAGAUUGCGAUUGAGGCCAUGAAACGUCGUCAAGCCCUCAAUGCUGGCGAGUGGAAGGAGUUCAAGCAAUUCCUCAGGUUCUUCGCCUGUCUUCAGCCGCUCUUCGAGGACGAUGGCAUCUUCACGCUCCUGGGUCAGCUGUUCGACACUGUGGUUGAUCUUCAGAGCGCGAAUGAGAACGACGUUGUUGGCAUCGAGCUUGUCAAGAUCAUCCUCCUCACCAUUCCCUAUGCGAUCGUUUCUGGUGGCAGCCGCUUCCACGAACAAGCACAACAGCUGCUGAAGAACACUGGCAUCGUAGCAGGCAACAUGGUCCCCAUCGAAGGCCUGAUUCAUUCAUAUGUUGGCGACGAGGACGCGAAGCCCAUGGGUUACCAUAGCGUUAUCGGUCUACUGCAAGCACAGCUAUCAACUGAAGCAGAGAACGGUUUCGAACUUGCCUGUCUGCCACGUUUCGAAGCGGAUGCCCUGUCGCGGACGAAGGAGAAGGCAGAGGACGAGUCGAUGCCAGCCGCGCCACAAACUCAUGCAUUCCCAGCUUUCACCAUCCCCUCACCUGUGAACCCAGGCUUGAAGCCGAUCUUUCCUGAGGCCUACUUUUCGCUCUUCGCCGACCAGGAGGGUUCCACGGUCCCGAAGACGUCCGAAAUUGCCUCAUCACUCAUCCGCGAUGCCAUUGUUGAUACUGUCAAUCAGCUCGACUUCAACCGCGAGAUGGUCGCCAAAUUCCUGCGUGGAACGCCCUUCGACAAGUUCAAAGAUGUCAUAGGAGACAAAAUCCAGUACAAGCCGGAAGAUAUGGUCAUCGACGCCAUCUUUUCGCAGCUGUUCAAGCUACCCAGUGCUGAACACAAACUCGUGUACUAUCAUUCACUCAUCACACAAUGCUGCAAGGUCGCACCUGCUGCCAUCGCGCCCUCACUAGGACGAGCUAUCCGCACAGUCUACAAGAGCCUGCCCAUGCUAGAUCUUGAACUGGGCUACCGAUUCCUCGACUGGUUUUCCCACCACUUGAGCAAUUUCGAGUUCCGAUGGAGGUGGACAGAAUGGCUUGACAACCUUGAGCUUUCGAACCUGCACCCACAAAAGGCUUUCAUUCUUGCGGCACUUGACAAGGAGAUGCGUCUGUCCUUCGCAAAGCGCAUCCGGUCUACCUUGCCAGAUCAAAUGCAUGCUCUGAUCCCUGAGCGACUUGAUGCUGAUAACAGCCCGGAUUUCAAGUAUGACAACCAGCAAACACCUUAUGCUGCCGAGGGCCAGACUCUGCUUGCUCAGCUCAGGAAGAAGGCCUCCGCAGAGGACAUGCAAGCCACCAUCGACAAGAUCCAUGAGAAGGCAUUGGAGCAGGGCAUUGCUGAAGUCCUGGUUCCCUCUACCGAUGCCUUCGUUACCGCCAUCUGCCGUCUUGGUGCCAAGUCGCUCUCUCACGUGCUCUCUUGCAUUGAGCGAGGUAAGGACCGCCUGCUAGAGAUCUCGCAAAACGAGGUUGCGCGCCGCCAGAUCGUUGCCAGUGUCGUCGAGUACUGGAAAGAUCAGCCAGGUGUUGCCGUCCGGAUUAUCGACAUUCUGCUCAAUUAUACGAUACUUGCGCCGAUGACCGUGGUUCAAUGGGUAUUUGGCAGCCACAUGGGCGCUGGUGAAGCACUUACAGAGAGCUGGGUCUUCGAAAUGGUGUCAAACACCGUGGCUAAGGUCACGAACCGCAACCGCCAGAUCGCUUCGGCGCGUCUUCAAAAGGGUCUGCCCGAUGAACAGGUUCCCAUGGUUGAGGCUACACUUGCCAAGGAUCGCGACAAUGCUCGCGAGCUAUUCAAGUACAUCGAGGACUCCACCCGUGGCGUUGAGGAGGGUUCAGCCGAUGUUCUGAUUGAGAAGCAAUCCAGCGGCGCGCUCACCGAAGAGGAGGUCAAUCUCAUCCGUGCCUGGGGCAAGCGCUGGCAUUCAGUCUUCAUCCGUAAGGCGGCAGUCGAAGAAGCAAUUGUCGGUGAAGAAGCGGUUGAGGCUAGGAUCAAGCUACUUGCUGCUGAGCCUGGCGUACCAGAGACCAUGGAGACAGAUGGUAACGGCACUAACGGUGAGUCGGAAAUGACUGAGAUCUAG